GGCCUCUCCCUUGCAGCCACCAUUACUUCAAGUACUGCAAGAUCUCGGCGCUGGCGCUGCUGAAGAUGGUGAUGCACGCCCGGUCCGGGGGCAACCUGGAGGUGAUGGGGCUGAUGCUGGGCAAGGUGGACGGGGAAACCAUGAUCAUCAUGGACAGCUUCGCCCUGCCGGUGGAGGGCACCGAGACCCGCGUCAACGCGCAGGCGGCCGCCUACGAGUACAUGGCUGCCUACAUUGAGAACGCCAAGCAGGUUGGUCGUCUAGAAAAUGCAAUUGGCUGGUACCACAGCCACCCUGGCUAUGGCUGCUGGCUCUCUGGGAUCGACGUCAGCACCCAGAUGCUUAAUCAGCAAUUUCAAGAACCCUUUGUAGCCGUGGUUAUUGAUCCAACAAGAACAAUAUCUGCAGGAAAAGUAAAUCUUGGAGCAUUUAGGACAUAUCCUAAGGGCUAUAAACCUCCAGAUGAAGGUCCCUCUGAAUACCAGACUAUUCCACUUAAUAAAAUAGAAGACUUUGGUGUACAUUGUAAACAGUAUUAUGCUUUAGAAGUCUCAUACUUUAAAUCAUCUUUGGAUCGUAAAUUGCUUGAGCUCUUGUGGAACAAGUACUGGGUGAACACUCUCAGUUCUUCUAGUUUGCUUACCAAUGCUGACUAUACCACUGGCCAAGUCUUUGAUUUGUCUGAAAAAUUGGAACAGUCAGAAGCUCAGCUUGGAAGGGGCAGUUUCAUGCUGGGUUUAGAGACUCAUGAUAAGAAAUCAGAAGACAAACUUGCAAAAGCAACAAGAGACAGCUGCAAGACCACCAUAGAAGCUAUACAUGGAUUGAUGUCUCAGGUUAUUAAGGAUAAACUUUUUAAUCAAAUUAAUAUAGCUUGAAGUGCAUCACCAGCUGAUAUGCAUCUCCAAAGCAGAAAAAGUCAUGGUUUCUUUCGCUUGGACUUGUUUCAAUAUGGGAAUUGAAGCUAGAGUGGAAAAUUAUUCAUUUAAUUUGUAGUACUUUUAAUAUUUCCCACCUGUCUGACCACUUUUAAAGAACAAAAUGUUCUGAAAUACAGUGCAACUUUUUGUUCUUUAUCAUAAAACACAACCACCUUGGAGAAUUGUUCCAAAAGAAAAAUGUGGCUUACUGCAUUCUGCUCUUAGGUAUUUAUCUCUGUUAUCCAAAUGCAAUAAAACAGUUUUGAAA